CUGCACUACGGGACCCUCCUGGGCAGCAGAGCUUGUGUCCACAUGGCAGCAGCUGCCUGGGCCACUGGGUUUCUCAAUGCUCUGCUGCACACGGCCAAUACAUUUUCACUGCCCCUGUGCAAGGGCAAUGCCCUGGGCCAGUUCUUCUGUGAAAUCCCCCACAUCCUCAAGCUCUCCUGCUCACACUCCUACCUCAGGGAACUUGGGAUUCUUGUGGUCAGUGCCUGUUUAGGUUUUACGUGUUUUGUGUUCAUCGUGGUGUCCUAUGUGCAGAUCUUGAGGGCCGUGCUGAGGAUGCCCUCUGAGCAGGGACGGCACAAAGCCUUUUCCACCUGCCUCCCUCACCUGGCCGUGGUCUCCCUGUUCCUCAGCACUGGUGUGUUUGCCCACCUGAAGCCCCCCUCCAUCUCCUCCCCAUCCCUGGACCUGGUGGUGUCUGUUCUGUACUCGGUGGUGCCUCCAGCAGUGAACCCCCUCAUCUACAGCAUGAGGAACCAGGAGCUCAAGGAUGCCUUGUGGAAACUCAUAUCUUACAAUUUCCUGAAGCAUUAA